UGGUCCAGUUCCCAGUCAGUGAAUGCACUAUCUAAGUGUUUUAGACAGAGGUUUUUAUCACAAGAGCUGAAAUUGUGGUUCAGUGUACUUGGUCAGGAAUAGCAUGAUGAUAAGUGCAAAUGUGUAUCUCCUUACUUUCUUCUCCAGUCUGCUCGGAUCCACUGCGCUAGAGUGGACCUCCUCCAUGAGCAUCCCAUCAGGUUCCACUCGGCUUGUCUGUAGAGGGCAGAACGUUUCAUUGCCAUGGCAAUAUCAGCUUUCUUCCGCUGAACACGUGAUCGAUGUGGAAUGGCACUAUCAAGCCACAGGGCAGGAGCAGGUGCCUGUUGCAAGUUACGUCAUGGGUCACUUCUUGACCUUACCCAGCAUGCAUAGCAAGGUAAGCUACCUGCCCAACGCCGGGCUGUUGAUACAGAAUGUCACCGUGACGAGGAGGGACUCUACACCGUCGUCGUCAACUUUGAACAACACGGGUUAUCGCUCAGCGACACCAAAACAGUUCACCUGGAAGUUUCUGAUGAAGACUGUUCGGACACUGAGGCAGAACUACAGAGGUUAAAGUUGCAGAUUUCACAGGUGACUGCUCAAAACCAAGUGCUCACGGAGCAAAAUGCUCACCUUUUGGCACUUAUCCACGAGAUGCAGCUGACCUGUGAAGGUACAACAACUGUCAUCCCCACUCAAGACCCAUGGGUACCCAAGAGCUGCGACGAUAUUUCAGACGCCACAACACCAGUGGUGUGUACACUAUUUAUCUGCCGAGUGGUUCACCGUUACAAGUGUACUGCGAGCAGGACAUCGAUCGCUGGGGAUGGGCAGUUAUACAGCGACGACAGGACGGCAGCGUGGACUUCUACAGGAACUGGACUGAGUACAAGUACGGCUUUGGUGACCUCAAUGGCGAGUUCUGGCUAGGGCUUGAAAACAUUUACUUGAUGACAUCCAGCGGUAACUACAGUCUGCGUAUGGACCUGACUGACUGGGACAACACCACUGGCUUUGCCAUCUACGACACCUUCAGCAUCAGCAAUGAAAGCAACAACUACACUCUGCACGUCGGUGGAUAUCACGGUACCGCAGGUAAUGGCCUUGACACCAAACUUCUCAUCAUUUGUCCACAAUGGACAAGCCUUCUCGACGUUUGACCGGUAAUGAUAAAAGCACGACUGAAGCGUGUGCUGUGACGUACAGGGGGGGAUGGUGGUUCAAUAACUGCUUUUCUUCGUACCUAAAUGGAGUCUAUAGGAUCGCGACAACAGCAACAACUCAAGCCACGAGGGAUUUUCUGGUAUGAUUGGCACGAGGACUUUAGGUCCUACAAGAAGGCCGAUAUGAAGAUCCGACCCAACUAAGAUUGAAACAAUUACAAAACACUAAUUAAGCUGA